UGUCAGCCGAUUGACUGGGUUCGGCUUUUUUUUUUUUUUUUCCUUCUCCCGGAGCCCACAGGCCUUCGGGGUGACUACCGCCGCGGUCGCCCCGGACUGCGGGUCUCUGACCCCGGCCGGCUGCGGCGGACGCGAAGCUUCUCCCGUCCCUUCCAGACGCUGUCUGGCGAGAUCCUACGAUAUGAUCCAGAACUGUACAUGAAUCACAUUAGUUGGAGAUCGUGAGCAUUCAAUAAUGAGUGGUGCAGCUUUAGGACUUGAGAUUGUUUUUGUCUUUUUUCUGGCAUUGUUCCUCCUUCAUCGAUAUGGAGACUUUAAGAAACAGCAUAGACUUGUAAUCAUUGGAACACUGCUUGCUUGGUAUCUCUGCUUUCUUAUUGUCUUCAUACUGCCACUGGAUGUUAGCACGACAAUAUACAACCGAUGCAGACAUGCUGCUGCAAAUUCCAGCCCUCCAGAAAAUAAUAAUGUUACGGGAGUGUAUGCACCUGUCACCCCAGCUACGAGACAACACCCAUGUUUCAAGCCAUGGAGUUACAUUCCAGACGGGAUCAUGCCAAUUUUCUGGAGGGUAGUUUAUUGGACAUCACAGUUUUUAACGUGGAUUCUGUUACCUUUUAUGCAGUCAUAUGCAAGAUCUGGAGGAUUUUCCAUCACUGGAAAGAUAAAAACAGCCCUGAUUGAGAAUGCAAUCUAUUAUGGCACUUACUUGCUGAUAUUUGGAGCAUUCCUAAUUUAUGUGGCUGUAAACCCACGUUUGCAUUUAGAAUGGAACCAACUUCAGACUAUUGGGAUAGCUGCUGCCAACACAUGGGGUCUGUUUCUUCUUGUGUUAUUAUUGGGGUAUGGCCUGGUGGAGAUUCCUCGGUCAUAUUGGAAUGGAGCCAAAAGGGGUUAUCUACUUAUGAAGACUUACUUUAAGGCAGCAAAACUGAUGACAGAGAAAGCAGAUGCAGAAGAGAAUUUGGAGGAUGUAAUGGAGGAGGUUCGUAAAGUAAAUGAAAGCAUUAAGUAUAACCACCCAUUGAGAAAAUGUGUUGAUACAAUACUUAAAAAGUGCCCUACAGAUUAUCAGGAAAAGAUGGGUAGAAAUAUGGAUGAUUAUGAAGAUUUUGAUGAAAAGCGUAAUACCUACCCAAGUGAAAAAAGCUUGGUAAAAUUGCAUAAACAGGUUAUUUAUUCAGUUCAAAGACACCGUCGAACUCAAGUGCAAUGGCAGAUUCUUUUGGAACAGGCAUUCUAUCUAGAAGAUGUAGCAAAAAAUGAAACUAGUGCAACUCAUCAAUUUGUUCACACCUUUCAAUCACCUGAGCCAGAAAAUCGAUUUAUCCAAUAUUUUUAUAAUCCUACAGUUGAAUGGUAUUGGGAAUGCCUGUUGCGGCCAUGGUUUCACAGGAUCCUUGCUGUGGUUCUGUCCAUCUUCUCUGUGAUCGUUGUCUGGUCAGAGUGCACCUUCUUCAGCACGACUCCUGUCUUAUCUCUCUUUGCCGUCUUCAUACAGCUGGCAGAAAAAACAUACAACUAUAUUUACAUUGAGAUUGCUUGCUUCCUUUCCAUCUUCUUCUUAAGUAUCUGUGUUUACUCUACUGUGUUCAGAAUUCGAGUAUUUAAUUACUACUACUUGGCUUCACAUCAUCAGACUGAUGCUUACAGUCUUCUUUUCAGUGGCAUGUUAUUUUGCCGUUUGACUCCCCCUUUAUGUCUUAACUUCUUGGGAUUGACCCAUAUGGAUUCAUCCAUCUCUCAUCAGAAUACCCAGCCAACUGCAUAUACAUCUAUCAUGGGUUCCAUGAAAGUUUUAUCCUUUAUUGCAGAUGGAUUCUAUAUAUAUUAUCCUAUGUUGGUGGUAAUUCUCUGCAUUGCUACAUACUUUAGUUUGGGAACCCGUUGUUUGAAUCUACUUGGUUUCCAGCAGUUCAUGGGAGAUAACGAUAUGACAUCAGAUCUAGUUGAUGAAGGAAAAGAAUUAAUCAGACGAGAGAAAAGAAAAAGACAAAGGCAAGAGGAAGGUGAAAAUCGAAGAAGAGAAUGGAAGGAACGUUAUGGACACAACAGAGAAGAUUCCACUAGGAACAGAAAUGUUCAUCCUGACCCCAAAGAGUCAAAUUUUUCAGAUACUACUACCAAUUGGUCAUCCAAGUACACCAGGGCUAAUAACAGAACUGAAAGAGACCGAAUAGAACUUCUCCAGGAUGCAGAACCUUUGGAUUUUAAUGCAGAAACAUUCACUGAUGAUUCUCUGGAACCUGAAUCAGGAAGGUAUCAACCUGGUGGACGAUAUCUCUCUAUGUCUUCCAGCAUAAUAUUUGAAGAUAUCUAAAGUCUGAAGAAAUUCAUGGCUCAACUAACCAAGGUCAUCACAUCAGCUCAGCCUUUAUGAACCUCAUUGUGACCUACAAUUCAUCUGUACUCUCUGAAUAAUGAGGAUAACAAAAAUGGCAUUGAAAUGGAUCCCAUCUUAACAAUAUUAAGUUAUUGUUUGUUAACUAGAGUAUCAUCUUUUUUGAUAAGGAUUUAUUAUAUACCAUCUGAAGUGUCUGCUUUAGAAGUGUAGUUAAAUGGAAGGAUUCAGUUCAUGAUAAAGAGAACACAGUUGGUUUCAAGUUAAUUUUUUUCAGGAGAGUUAUUUUAAAGUUCAAGGAAAUCAUAAGUCAUACUAAAUACUACUAUUUUAUAACUGUAAUUUAAAUUUAUUCAACCUACAUUUCCCAAAGAAGUGAAAGUGAACUGAGACCUCAGAUAAUUACUGUCUUUACAAAACCCAUGUCUUAAAAUAAGGCUUCCUUAUCAGACAUAACUGAAUGUAAACACCUCUUCUUCUGCUCUGUAUACAAAGUAGUGGGAUUUUGCAUGUGUAAUUAAGAUUAUUCUUCAAUUGAUAGUGUUAGUGUCUUUGGCAUGUGUAUUCUAAUUGAGUGAGGUGUUAUUUUCAUUCUUUGUGGUAACUAGAUCUUUUUAUGGUUUUGAUAUUAUUGCUUCACAAAGUAUUUUCACUUCAGAGAAAACUAUUCACCUUUAGCAUUUAGCAUACUGACUUGACACUGAUCACUCCAGGCAAGAAAAAAAUAAUAAAUAUUAAGGAUGGAUAAUAUAUAUAUAUAUAUAUAUAUAUAUAUAUAUAUAUACAUAUCCAAGAAUUCCCCAAAUUCUGUAAUACUUAAAAGAUGCCUGUUAAUACUCCUUGAAAAGAAAGUAUUUGGCUAUUUUGGCUAUUCAGAGGUAAAAAGAAAAAUAAUCCAUUCAUGAUUAUUGCUAGCAUUAAAAUUUUAACUUAACAAACAAAUGUAUUAGAAUGAAAUUUGUAGUAAUUUCUUUUUUUAAACAUGCUUAUUAUUUUAAAUUGGUUGUUUCAACCUUUGCAUUUAAGCCAAAGUUGAGUAUUAUGUUUUAAAGAGCCAGUGUUUUAUUACAAAGUGAACAUGAUUUGAGCACAACAUGUUUGCAGGGAUUGUUCUAUGGUCCUGAAAUAUUUGUGUUUCUUACAGAAUCAUUCUACAUGAAUGACCAGAUUUGAACUUGUCCAGACAGUCUCGCGCCUAUUUUCCUUGCAAUUAUUCCAACUUUGCCAUAUGUUGAGGACAUAGUUCUAUAUAGGUACUGAAAGGAAGGAUGCAUCAUUCCUCAUUAUCUUUCUUUUUUAAUGGUCGUAUUUUGUGUAGCCUUUCAAAUAGAGCCCCUUUUAAAUAAUUAUCAAUAGACACUCUGAAUUGAAGGUUGCAUGCCUUCUUAAUUCAAGGACACAAAAGGCAUAUAACCUUUUACUGUGAAUUGCGGUCAGAGAGCAGUUGACCAGAGCAGUGAUAAUGUAAUGCUGUUUAUAAUUUUGUGAUUGGUUCCUGAAAUACCUUGGGCAGAUCAUGGAACCUUUCAGUGCCUCAAUUUCUUCAUUUUUCAGAAUGAAGGACGUAUUUGCUACUUACCCACUGAUCUACCUCACGAAACUGUAGUGAGGGGGUUCGAUUGAUGAUUGUGUGCUGAGGUUUAUGCUGGGCUGUUUUAUUUGUUUGUACUUGUUUUUUUAAGUAGUUCUUUGAAGGAGAAAAGGAUGAUUAUCACAGUAAGGGGUCUUUGAGAAGCUUUAAAAUCCCCAAAGCAAAAUGAACUAAUUAGUCUAAAGUCCCUGAAAUAGUAUUUCAUCAUUUUUUCUGUGGAUUUACUUUGAAAUAUUUUUCUUAAAUAUGAUUUUUGUUAAAUAUUUUCUUCAUACUCAGAUGCUAUUGUUGUAAGAGAAGGAAUAGAAAGAGAAGAAGUGUUCAAUUUUACAAAUAAUUUUGGUAAUACACUAAACAAUUGAUAGGGAUGCUUAAAGGAAUCAGGUCUUUCCUUGAAGUCACACUAAUGGCAGCAUACGGUUAUAGCUGUAGGUACAGAUACAUACAUGCACACACGUCUACUGGGUUCCUUAUGGCUUUUGAGUUACUUCCACAGUGAAGUUUUGUUCCAGUGAUCAAAAUUUUAAAGAGUUUCUCUUACAGGAUUUUGUAUGCAACAAUGUAGAAAAGUUACUUUGCUGAGUAAAUUUGUUUAUAGAAGGCAAUGAUUUCAUGCUAGAAGAUUGAGUUUAUUUCUGAGGAAUUAAGUUAAUAUUUAUUAAGCUUUGUGUAAAGCAUUGAUAGUAUGUACAAUAUUUUUGUUUUUGAGACACUUAUUAAUAUGUAAUGAUAUAGUCACAAAAAUAUUACUGCAGAGUUCAUAUGCUUUACGUGCAAAAUGGUUUUCUUAAAGAAUUAUUUCUGAUACUUUUUCCUGUCUUUCUUACAUGCUAAUAAAUAUUUGAUUGGAAUGAUCUAAAGUUUAGGUUUUUUGAUACAGGGUCUCAUGUAGCCCAGGCUGGCCUCAAACUGUCU